UCCUCCUUUGUGACGUACUGUUCUUCAGCUCUGCUAAUUUCACUUUUUCAAUUUAUAGGUUUUGGAAUGAUACAAUUCAAGAAUACCAGUCCAUAUUGAUCAGUAAUGGCGACGCCUUCAGAUCCUUUACCAUCGAAUUCGGAACCAAUAAUAGUAGGAUCAACUGCUGUUACGUCAACUGAUGCAAACUCGUUGAACUUCGAAGAAAAUCCCAAGCCCCCAUCUUCCUCUGAUGAAGACUUCUUCUCUUCGGUUUCAUCCGAAGAACAUCUUAAUCAGAAUUCUUCGUCUAACAUCCAGGUGAAGCCUGAUCCUCAGAUCCCUAUUUUAUGGCCGUCCGAUGGUCAUUUGACCAUCGAUUGGGUGAUGACAAUGAUGGAGGUUUUCGAUUGGUCUUCUAGAAACCUCUUGCCGACGGAAUUGCCGACGGUGUUACCGGUUCAGGUUUUCGAUAGUUUGGUAUUGACUGCUUCGAAGUUGCUUCACAAAGAACCUAAUUGCGUGAAGAUCGAUGACUGCGGCGAUGAUAUGAGCAUCGUGGUGGUUGGUGAUGUUCAUGGGCAGCUACAUGAUGUGUUGUUUCUUCUUAGGAACGCGGGUUUUCCAUCUGAGAAUCGUAUUUUUGUGUUCAAUGGAGAUUAUGUAGACAGGGGAGCUUGGGGACUUGAGACAUUCGUUCUUCUCUUAGCUUGGAAGAUUUUAUUUCCAAAUAGGGUGUAUCUUCUUCGUGGAAAUCAUGAAUCAAAGUAUUGCACCUCUGUUUACGGUUUUGAAGCUGAAGUUUUGGCGAAAUAUGGUGAAAAAGGAAAGCAUGUUUAUCGGAAAUGUUUAGGUUGUUUUGAAGGACUUCCACUAGCUUCUAUUAUAGCAGGGAAUGUUUACACUGCUCAUGGAGGGGUUUUUCGUGCUGCUCCAGUUUUCACAUCCAAAAGGUCGAAAGGGAAGAAGAAUCGCAAAUUGAUUGUUGCUAGUCCUGGCCCCCCUCCUUUGAUUCUUGGUUCAUUGGAGGAGUUAUUGAAAGCUCGGAGAAGUGUGUUGGAUCCUCCUUGGGAAGGCUCGAACUUGAUUCCUGGUGAUAUUCUUUGGUCUGAUCCGUCCAUGAGUCCUGGUCUUUCUCCAAAUAAAGAGAGAGGCAUUGGCCUUCUAUGGGGUCCUGAUUGUACAGAGGAGUUCUUAAGGAAGUUCAAUCUCAAGUUAAUUAUCAGAUCCCAUGAAGGUCCAGAUGCAAGAGAAAAAAGAUCCGGUCUUGGUGGAAUGGAUGAAGGGUACACUAUAGAUCACACUGUAGAGUCUGGGAAGUUAAUCACUCUAUUCAGUGCACCAGAUUAUCCACAGUUUCAGGCAACAAAGGACAGGUAUAAAAACAAGGGAGCAUACAUCGUUCUCAAACCUCCUGAUUUUGCGACUCCAGAAUUUCAUAGUUUCCAAGCAGUUACCCCAAGGCCAAAGGUAAAUCCUUAUUAUGAUUUUGAGUAUGUAAUUGAUUCUGAUGAAGAACUAGAUUUGGCGUCCAUGGUUCCAUCCACUUCAGUUAUUGAAUGAGUUUAAUUUUUUUUUGGUAACAUUUUAAUUAUAUUAAUAUUAUUGUAGAGAUCUUCAUGAUCCCAAAUUCAGAUUGGAACUACUUUCAUUAGUCUUAUUACCAAUGCUGCUGUUGUAAUCAUAAGAUCCUUAAAAAGAAUACCCAUUAUUUUUGCUCUA